CUACUAUCGCCGACGCCGUGUUCUUGGUGGCACACCUUGUGCUGGUGGCGGUGGUGACUCUGCUGCGGUAUCUUUUCACACUGUUACCACUCUAACUAAUACUCCUACUCCUACUAGGAACAACAAAAACGAGCAAGAUGAGGAUAGUCGUGUGCUUGCUAGUGGUGUUAGGCUGCAUGGGCCUAGCGGAAGAGACAAAAAAUGAAGCGAGAUGCUCGCUUGGAUACUAUAAAUGCUACUACAACAGCUACUGCAUUCCCAACUAUCAGGUUUGCGACGGCGAAACGAACUGUGCCGUAUACGGCGACGACGAAAUGAACUGCGGGACUACUUCACACACUACCGAAGGAAGCUUGUGUCCCGAAGGCCAGUACGAGUGCCUGACCGGCCUGUGCAUCCCCGACACUUGGGUGUGCGACGGAACAGAGGAUUGCCCAGACUAUGGCGACGACGAGGACUGUUUCGAGAGCGAUUCCAUCACAGAUACCUGCCCAGAAGACACAUACCGGUGUAAUUACAAUGGACAGUGCCUUCUUAACUCCUUGGUAUGUGACGGCGUCAAAGACUGUCCCGAAUAUGGAGACGACGAGGCAGGCUGCACUACACACAUGCCGCCCCACCAACAACUGGAGUGUAGGGACAGCUUCGACUACAUCUACGACCGCUGCGUGCUGGUUGACCCCUUCACAACUACCAACUGGGACGAGGCGCGCUACCUAUGCGAAAAGUUCAGCAGUGACCUGGUGGUACUGAACGAUUACAACUUCUACGCCGAGCUCCUGCAGUACAUCAGGGACAAAGGCCUGGAUUCUUACAACUACUGGGUGGGCGCGACGGACCGGGCCGCGGAGGGGACGUGGCUCUGGGCUGACUCCUCCCCCGUCCCCUUCGGGGCGCCCCUCUGGGCCCUCUACGGCUGCACCGGGGACUACCAGCUGGAGCCGAGGCCCAGCGACGCCGCCAGUCAGGACUGUGCCCUUCUGGACAAGGACCGAGGCCUGCACGUGACCGACGCCUCUUGCGACGAGAGCUUCCCCACCAUCUGCCAGGCUACGAGUACCAAGAAGGAAACUAUGGUUGAGGAACCUAUCGAAAAGAAAUCAGCAUAAUGACGGAGUAUGAGUUCAAUACAAAAAGUAUUCUCAGCUAAUUAGAAAUGAUAGAUGAUAUGAAUCGCUGAAAGUAGAGGCAGUGGGUGCCGUAAUUAGAUCAUUAUACAAAAACGCUGAAGUUCAAAGAAAUACAUAUCAUCCUCUUAAUAUCUCUACAUCAAACCCCACCUCCACAUCACCACUCCACUACAACCACACUCCCCUUUCAGCACGAACCACCACACUCCACACAUACACACACCGCUUCCAAAAGACGCUAAAGAAUUCCCUGUUUCUCGAGAUCGCCGCAAGCUGCAACAAUGGCCACGGCGCAACACAGCCCAGGGCAGGACUGUGCAAACCGGGAACCUAUGAAUUGUGCCCCACAGGUGACCGGCUGGUUUGCUCCAACAAUUGACUCAUUUUCACGCCCAUUAAACGAGCUUUACUCAAACGCCAGUGACCUCAUACAUGCAAAAAAUAAAAUGUCCUGUACUUA